UUCCGGCUCCUUCCCGGCGGGCGCUGAGGCGAUGGCCGGGGUCCCGCUGCUGGAGGCGCUGGGCCGCCUGUGGCAGGUGCAGGCCCAGCUCGGCAGCGGCGCCUCCGCCUCCGUCUUCCGCGUGCGCUGCUGCGGGGACCCGCGCGCCCCGCUCGGCGCCGUCAAGGAGUUUGUGCCUCCGGCGCGGCCCGGGCCUGCCGCCCGCAGCGCCCCGGAGUACGGCUUCGGCAAGGAGCGCGCCGCGCUGGAGCAGCUGCGGGGCCAUCGCAACAUCGUGACGCUGUACGGUGUGUUCACCAACCACUUCUCUGCGAAUGGCCCUUCUCGCUGCCUCCUGCUGGAGCUGCUGGACAUCAGCGUGUCAGAGCUGCUUCUCUACUCCAGCCAUCAGGGCUGCUCCAUGUGGAUGAUCCAGCACUGUGCCCGUGAUGUGCUAGAGGCCCUGUCUUUCCUUCACCACAAAGGCUAUGUGCAUGCAGACCUCAAGCCACGCAACAUCCUGUGGAGCGCAGAGGAGGAGUGCUUUAAACUCAUUGACUUUGGGCUUAGCUUCAAAGAGGGGAAUCAGGAUGUGAAAUACAUUCAGACAGAUGGGUAUCGGGCUCCAGAGGCAGAGCUGCAGAACUGCCUGGCUCAGGCAGGGUUCCAGAGUGAAAUGGAAUGUACCUCUGCUGUAGAUCUGUGGAGUCUAGGAAUCGUUUUACUGGAAAUGUUCUCAGGAAUGAAACUGAAACAUACUGUCCAAUCUCAGGAAUGGAAGGCAAACAGUUCUGCCAUCAUUGAUCACAUUUUUGCCAGUGAAGGUGUGGUAAAUUCAGCCAUCCCAGCCUAUCACCUCAGAGACCUUAUCAAGAGCAUGCUUCAUGGCGACCAAGCAAAAAGAGCCACUGCUGCAAAGGCUCUGUGCAGCCCCUUCUUCAGCAUUCCCUUUGCUCCCCAUAUUGAAGAUCUGGUGAUGCUUCCAACUCCUGUGCUAAGGCUGCUCAAUGUCUUGAGUGACACUUCUCUUCAGAGUGAAGAAGAAUAUGAAGAUGUGCUGGAAGACAUAAGAGAGGAGUGUCAGAAAUACGGCCCGGUGGUUUCCAUGCUUGUUCCAAAGGAGAAUCCUGGCAAAGGCCAAGUCUUUGUUGAAUAUGCAAAUGCUGGUGAUUCCAAAGCUGCCCAGAAAUUGCUCACUGGAAGGACGUUUGAUGGACAGCCCAAGAAGUGGUGUUGUGAGUGGGUCGCUCAAAGAGCAGCAGUGUACUAGGUGUGUGGUCUCACCGUGGGUGAAUCCCUCUUUUUGUCUGAGGAAAGCCGGAUUCUGCAGGGUGGGUGGAUGGGUGGGUGAAGUCACAGAGGGGCCUUUUGCUUUCUGGCCACUUGGUAACUCAUGUUCCUGCUGUUCUGCACAGGGCCCUGCCCUACCCCUGAGGAAGCAGAACGUCAGUGCUGGGACAGUGAAAGGAAUCAUCCAGGCAUGGGCAUGUUUGGUAGGCUCAGACGGGCAGCCCAGGAGGCAGCCCUCAGGCGGGCAGGGGCUUGCUGACCUUGGGGAAAGGUUGUCCAGUUUGCUGGAGAAGCAGCAGUACUGGAGAGCUUUCUCCUUACGGCCAGAGCUCAGGCAGCAAAUCCCACAACUGGGAAAUUGCCGCAAGGCAGAGCCUCAGCAAUAACUGGCCUUUCCCACCCCCUGUGGGGCCUAGGGUGCACUUUAGUUCCAACAUGUGGUGGGGGUCAGCACCAUGCCAGAGUCAGAGCACGCCUGGCUCUGUCCUGCAUGCACUCAGCCCUGCUCCUGCGGGCCCAGCAGAGUCCGCACAGCUGAGACCCAGUCACACCAAUAGAUCAUUUACUGGCCAAUGCGAGGCCCCGAAGGCAGGGGGCUGGGUGUGUCCCCAGCUGGAACUAGAGGCAGUUUGCCUGCAGAGAUAGUAUUGUGGUAUUUGAGGAGGGAGAACCAAGCUUGACUGUUUCCAGGUAUAUUGACAUUUGGCCCGGCCCCAGCCCUGGGCAACUGGGCCUCCUCUGCCCUUUUCCCCAGCACCAGUGAGCCAGUGGCUUCCCUCCCUCACAACCCAAAUGGCUCUGGUGCCCCUGCCCCUAGCUGUCCCACUUUUGGCUCUGCCCUAGAGAAAGGCUCCAGCUCAGUCCCCUCGUCCCAGCAGCUGGGCUCUGGGUGGCUGGAAGACAACAGCUAGAGAAAGGCUUGGCCUGCCUCAGCCCACAUAGUCAGUGGGGCACAUCUCCUGCCUUGCAGGCAUGGUCCUUGGAGCAAUCGGUAGGGACAGGUAGAGCAGCAGCACUAGCAAAUGAGAGCACUUGUUCAUGCUCCUGCCGGGGGCAGCAGGUGGGUGCUUUGGGGAGGUGAGCAUGAGCAGGUCCCUCACGCCCAUCCUGAGCAGCAGGUUGCAUAGCAGCACCAGCAGCCAAGGUGUCUCAUCAGCAUGCCCAGAACCAGCACAGGGGCAUCAAGGAGGGAGGAGGCUUCUGAUGUAGUGCUGCUGAGAGACUGUAGGUAGGGGGUGGGCCCCAGCCCAAUGGGGACAGCAUAUUGACUGUGCUGUGCGCAUGGAGCGCAGCCUGUGACCCAGUCAGACCCUCUACACCUGUGAAGCAAAGACUGCCCUUCUCUCCAUGUCGUUGUUAGUGCCAUUUGUGGAGCUGAGCGAGACCUUCUUCCUGGACCCUCCUUUCUCCCCCUGCCUGCCACUCUGCACGCAGCUGGGGAGUGUCAGGCAAACCAACAUGAUUCACUCUGACCCCUGGGAGAAAUGGAACAAUGAACAGAUGUGGGUGUGAUGGAUUUGGUCACAGAGACCCUCUUGGGACUGUCACCUGAUGUGCUGCAACUAGCUCUGAGCCCAUUUUCUUUGUCAGCUUGGGACUCCAGAACCCUGUCUUGUUGAGUCAGACGCACUAGCCUGCUUCAACACAAACCCAGGAUCUGAACCACACCCCCAAAGCUGCCGACUUAACUGAAAACAGCUCAGCAAGUACUCCUGUCUCCAGCACCCAGACAUCCAGCUCCCAAUGGGAUCCAAACCCCAAAUAAAUCCAUUUUACUCU